AUGAGUAUCGACUAUGAAUACCGCCCUACGAUUUCUUAAUUUUCUUUUUUGUCAAAUAUAUAAAUAUUUCUCAAUAUAUUUUUCCAAGAAAAAAAAAUAAUUUUCUCAUAUACGUAGGCUGGCAAUUACUUAAUGAAAAGAGUUUAAGAUUGUAAGUGUGUUCUUUUUAACAUUUCCUCAAUAAUAUCGUUUUUGUUUCUUUACAAUAUUCAACGUAAUAAAAAUCGAGAUUUUAUGACCCCCCCCCAAAAAAAAUGUGUUACAUCAAUUGUCUGUGUUUAAUUUGUGCAAUAAAAGUGGCUUCUUGACAGCAUUAAUUAACGGAUAAAAGAAACAAAAUAAAAAUUUUCAAGCGCUAUUUUUAUCAGUUAUUUUUGUUUUUUUUUGUGUUUUUUUACAGUAAUUAGGAAUUAAAUUUAUUACCUAAAAUGACGGGUGAAAUAUCUUUUAACAAUAAACGUGAUGUUAAUACAUUAAACAAUUGUGAAAGUAAAUUAUUAGGAAAUAAUCUCGAAAUUCCAAUGAAAAAUAUUCGUGUACCUGAAACUUCUAUUGGACAAGGAACAGAACUUCCAAAACGAAUAUAUGUCAAUCCCAAUUAUGGUGUGAAAAAACAUUUAAUUCACGUUAAUCCAAAUCUACAUACAAAAACGUCGAUACACAUAAAUCCAAAAUUAAAUUCAAAAUCAACAAUAGCAAUAAAUUCAAAAAUUGAUAAUACAAAGACGACAUCAAUUUACAUAAAUCCGAAAUUAAAUUCAAAAGUGGAACAAAAAUCAUUAGUUCACGUGAAUAUAAAAUUAAAUCCGAAACCAACAAUAGCAAUUAAUCCAAAAAUCUCGCCAAAAUCAUCAAUUUACGUGAAUCAAAAACUGUCGACAACAACAGUAAAUGCAAAAAUGUACACAAAUAAAUCAAUUUACGUUAAUCCAAAAAUUGUACAAAACAUGAAUAUUGUCAAGAAUUUACAAGAAAAUAUCAAUAAUAUUGACAAUAUAAAUAGUGAAAAAAAAUUAGAACAAAAUUCAUCAAAAAAUUAUGUACAAAAAUCAGUUCACGUAAAUCCAAAAUUAUUAAAAACAUUCACUUCUUCAAAAACUCUUUCAUUGAAAACUAAUAAACCUAAUGAAUCAAUUAAUUCUAAUGUUUAUUCAAAAUCAAAUAUUAAAACUAUUGGAUCAACUAAAUUUAUUAAUUCAAAUUUUUCAAUUGUAUCACGUCGAAAAUUAAUAAGAGUAAAGCGAAAUUUUAAAGCAAAUACUUUAACAAUUUCGCCAAAUAAAAUGAGAAAUCAAUUUGAUAAUAAAGUGUUAUUGAAAAAAACUCAAGUCAAUGGAAAUAGUUUAUCAACAUUGCCCACUACAAGUCAAAUUCAAUUAAAUAGUCGUUUAAAAUUCAUUAAAAGUAAAACAAAAUUAAACGCGUAUAAAAUCGAUAGAAUUGCCGUGCAAAAAGGAAAAAACAAAACUUCUACUGAUGCAAAAGUAUCGGGUAAUUUUAAAAAAUUAGUCUCCAUUGAAGGAAUUCGUUACAAUUCAUCAAAAAAUAAAUUGAUACGCCGAAACAGUACUAGUCCAACAAAAAAAAAACGUACAAAAACACAAGAUCAAUUUUUCAUAGCGUCUAAUGGAAAAGCACUUAGACGAAUUGAUGCGACAAAAAAAGGUCAUAAUUCAGCAAGUAGAUUUUCAUCUACUUUAAAUCGAAAUACAUUUAUUAAAAGAACAUCAUUUGUUUCAUUGAAACAAACUGUGAAAAGUAAUAUGAGCAAUAAAGUUAAACAAAGGAGUAUACAACUUUUGCGUAAUAAAAUGCGCAAAAAUAAUCAACCUUGUCUUUUUUUCCAAAAAUUUGGCUAUUGUGCUAAUCAAACAAAAGGAACGUGUCACAAGGUUCAUGAUAAAAAGCAAAUUUCACUUUGUAAGAAUUUCCUCCAAGGCAAAUGUUUAGUGGAAAAUUGUAAACUUUCACACGAUGUGGGUCCAGAAAAAAUGCCUACAUGUAAGUAUUUUUUAGAAGGUUGUUGUUCACGCGACAAAUGUCCAUAUCUUCAUGUGAAAGUUUCGGAAAAAACUCCCAUAUGCCGAGAAUUUCUCCAAGGUUACUGUGCAAAGGGCAGUGAGUGCAAAGAACGUCAUAUUUUUGCGUGUCCCGAAUUUGAAAAAGAGGGAAAAUGUAGUAAAGGUAAACAAUGUCCUUAUCCACAUAAAUCGAAAACAAAUAAGACAUCACGUACUUUACAUGUCAACAAUAAAGAAUCGUCAAUAUUGGAAGCUUCCAGUAUUGAUGAUCUCACUUGUACAAUAAUAGAAAGUAGAAAACGUUAUUAUGACAAUUUAAAUGAAGAUUUGGAAGAAAAACGAGAGAGAAUGUUAAGAAAAUUGAAAAUCAUCAAAUCAACACAAAAUCAAAGUGACGUGAGUACAAUUAUUGAAAAUAAAAAUGAAGAACAAGAGGUAAAUAUCGAAAUGGAUACGAUAAAUUAUGUGCCAAGAAAAAGGCCUCCAGUUGGUAAUUUACCUUCUUAUAUACCAAUUAAUUGAAGUAAUUUUUCAUUUUAA